GCAUCUGCCAUGGAGACAGCGACACAGCAAACCCUCAUCACUUUAUUCUCCAUAGCAGCAGUGGUUGCCAAGACAGAAGACACCUGCCCAGAAGUGAGGAUAGUGGGACUCAGUGGUUCCGAUAAACUUGCCGUUCUCCAAGGAUGCCCUGGCAUGGCUGGUGCUGCAGGACCCAAAGGUGACCCAGGAGCUGCAGGAAUGAAAGGUGUUCAGGGAACACAGGGAAUCCCUGGGAAGGCAGGACCACAGGGGCUGAAAGGGGACAGAGGUGUUGCUGGUCCCUCAGGUCCAAAAGGCGAUAAAGGAUCUCCUGGAGCACCUGGAACACUAGGAGAGCAAGAGCUGGACAGUGUCCAGUGUAAGAAAGGAGCAAAAAACUGCAAGGAGCUGUUAGUUAGAGGGAACGCCCUGAGCGGUUGGUACACCAUCUACCCCAGUGACUGUAACGCCAGGACUGUGUUGUGUGACAUGGACACAGAUGGUGGGGGAUGGCUUGUUUUCCAAAAACGGGCAGAUGGAUCUGAGAACUUUUUCCGCAACUGGGAUUCGUACAAGAGAGGUUUUGGCAGCCAGCAGUCAGAAUUCUGGCUGGGGAAUGACAAUAUCCACUUGCUGACAUCCCUUGGAAACCAUGAACUCCGCAUUGACCUCAAAGACUUUGAAAACAACACACAGUUUGCCAAGUACAAGUCAUUCAAGAUUGCAGGAGAGAUGGAGAAAUACAAACUGAUUCUUGGAGACUUUAUUGGAGGCACUGCAGGUGAUUCACUAACCUCGCACAAGGACAUGAAGUUUUCAACCAGAGACCAUGACAACGACCUGGGUUCAAAUGCUCAGAACUGUGCUGCACUCUAUAAGGGGGCCUGGUGGUACAAGGACUGUCACUGGUCCAACCUGAAUGGGAUGUACUUGGCCGGUGCCCAUGCCAGCUUUGCAGAUGGCGUGAACUGGAGGACAGGCAAAGGAUAUAAUUAUUCCUACAAACAAUCAGAGAUGAAAUUUAGGCCUGUCUAGCUCAGCCAGCAGGCACACGAUGGAAGAACUGCUCUCUGGUUCUUGCCUGUAACAUUUUCCUGGCACUGCCUUCUCCUUUCUCCCUCCAGCACCUGGGUCCUAAGUAUGGCUAAUGCUCUGAUCCUCCUUAUGGUACCACCGAUUUCAUUCAUUUUCUUUGGCUCCCACCUGUGACUGCCUUGGCUGCCCGACUAACAGAGCUGCUUCACAUGCUACAGGGUUCAUGGCCGGGGGUAUGAGCCAAAGUGGCACCUCUUUCUAGACACUAAGUAGCAACAAGCUUAAUCUCCACUGAGUUGGGCUUAGAAGCUCGUGUCAUUAAGGGAGUGGGCUAGGACUCCAGAGAUGGGGGGUGUCAUAAAUAGUUAGCUAAGGGUUAAU